GCUUUGCAAAAGCUGUCAUAAUUCGAUCUGUACUGUUAAAGAACUCUUGGUACUUGCCAAGGGAAGUCGAAAUCUUACAGGCGACUUUGUCCUCGAACCCACUCAGUAAACCUCCUGCGAUGAGCUGCGAAGAGUCCAUAGACAUCGUGGCUAAGGGAAACGGGCGGGAGGCAAUCGUCUCAAUACGCCAGAACGAGCUUAUCCGGAACUUGCGCGCCCUGGUGGCCGUUCGCUUCGAACAGGCAAUUGCUCGUAUUGUUUUGGUCUUUGCUGGCGAGGUUCUCCAGGACGUCGGAACGAUAGAUGGCCAAGGUAUUAUCUCCGGCGUCACGGUGCACGUCGUUUGUCGGCCAGAACAGUCUCAGGGCGGUGGCGGCCAGGCACCCACUCCGGGGGCCAAAUUACCUCCGGUCAACCUGUUAGAGCGUUUCUUCAAAUCUAGGAGCUCCGCCUUCUUCACUCAUUUGCUGGACGAACCGGGCCUAUUGCGGACCCUAUUGCAGUCCGAUCCGCGGAUCCAGUCCCUGCUUGAGGAGAAUGUGACGCUGCGCCACUACCUGAACAGCGACAGGAACCUGCGAGAGUUGCUCGCCUCUGCGUUCAGUCCGGCUAAGGAGGAGAUGAGUCGCCGCCGCGAUCUCUACAUUCUGCGUAUGGAAUCGGUGCCCGGUGGCCAUAAGAUAUUGGGCCGCCUACAAGUCUGUAUGCGUCAGAGCUAUGAAAACAAUGUGGCUAUGACGUUCCAGCACCCGUCAUAUGGCUCCGAAGACGGCACGAAUCCACAGCGAGGAUUCGAGAACAGGUGCCCACUACCGAAUCCUUGGGAACGCAUGGCCACUGCCGCCGACAUGGACUGUGCCCAGAACAUGGCCCUUAGUUUGAGGAAAAAGUGCAAACAAGUGAUGAAGACAUUGGAGCUCGGCGACAUAGGGAAGUCACUAACUGCGGUGCGGGAGCUCGGCGAGUCGGCGGUCUUGGCGCGUCACAUCUUGGAGCGUCGUAUUCGUGCCAAUCAAAUCAAUGCCACCAACGCCUCCGCCUCCGCCUCUACUUCCGCAAGCAGUUCGGAUGCCGCCAAAGUAGGAACAGGCACUGCCAAAGCUGGAACAGGCACUGCCAAAGCUGGAACAGGCACUGCCACGCUACGGAUCAAGAUAAGCAACUCGAGGGAAGUGGGCUACAAAACACAGAUGGAGCAGCUCCAACAAAUGGGCUACAAGGAUCGUGUCCGCAACAUAUGCGCUCUGAAGAUCUCACUGGGCAACGUCGAAAGUGCCGUGAGACUACUGGACCAUUGGAAUCGCUCUGAGGAAUGAUAAGAUCUGUUUUUACUCACUCUGUAUUGUUUCGUUUUUGGCCAGAAGAAUGUCUUUAUAUCCGAAUGAAAAAUGUAACGUAUGAAACUGAAAUCCUUAAAAUUAAUAAAUCUCUGUUCUAGUUCGGAA